GAACCAGAACCUCUACAGAUUAAAGAGGACAUAGAGGAGCUCUGCAUCAGUCAGGAUGAAGAGCAGCUUGAUCUGAAGCAGGAGACUGAAACCUUGAUUGAAAUUCCUAUUUAUGAGGAAAAUGAGAACAGUGAAGAAGAUGGAAACAAUCAACAGAGCUUUAAUGGAAGUGAUUGUGAAGAUGAAGAACCCAGUUCAAGUACUUAUAAAGAGAUAGACCCACAGAGCAGACAACAGACAACAGUCUGUAAAGAAUGCGGUGAAACUUUUAGUUACUUUCACUUGGGAAUCGAAAAAAAAUGGAAGCCUUUUGCUUGUAGAGAAUGCACCAAAAGUUGUAAUAAAUUUACUAAUCUGAAAUCACACAUGAGAACCCAAACAGGAGAAAAGCCUUUUUCUUGUAAAGAAUGUGACAAAAGUUUUAGUCAGAUGCAUAAUCUCAAAACACACAUGAGAAUUCAUACAGGAGAAAAGCCCUUUUCUUGUAAAGAUUGUAAUAAAUGUUUUAGUCAAUUAAGUCAUCUCAAAUCACAUCUGAGAACUCACACAGGAGAGAAGCCCUUUUCUUGUAAAGAAUGUAAUAAAAGUUUUAGACUAGUGUCAGAUUUAAAAGCACACAUAAGAAUUCAUACAGGAGAGAAGCCUUUUUUAUGUAAAGAAUGUGACAUGAGUUUUAGUCAAAUUUCUAAUCUCAAAACACACAUGAGAACUCACACCAAAGAGAAGCCUUUUACUUGUAAAGAAUGUGACAGAAGUUUUAGUCACAUGCAUAAUCUCAAAGCACACAUGAAAAUUCAUACAGGAGAGAAGCCCUUUUUGUGUCAAGAAUGCGAUAAAAGUUUUAGACACAAAUCUGAUUUAAAAACGCACAUGAGGACUCAUACAGGAGAGAAGUCUUUUUCUUGUCAAGAAUGUGAUGCAAGUUUUAGUCAAAUUUCUAAUCUCAAAUCACACAUGAGAACUCACACAGGAGAUAAACCCUUUUCUUGUAAAGAAUGUGACAGAAGUUUUAGUCAAAUAAAUAAUCUCAAAAGACAUAUGAGAAUUCAUACAGAAGAUAAACCUUUUUGCUGUCCAGAAUGUAAUAAAAGUUUUAGACAAAAAUAUGAUUUAAAAACACACAUGAGAACUCAUACAGGAGAGAAGUCUUUUUCUUGUCAAGAAUUUGAUACACAAAACUCUGCAGAGAACUUCUGCAGCAUGCAUGUGCACACAUAGGGCCUUAGGGGUGCUUGAGCACCUGCCCUUUUUGCCUCUUAUUAAAACAUGCCCUAGUACGCUGUUAUAUGUUUUUUUGUUUUUAAUUUGCAUUUAUAUUAAUUAACUCUUGUAAGUGAUAUAAGAAAAAAAAA